GGCAUACCAAACUUGCCAACAUUCUUAUCGCGAAAAAGUGGAACGAACGAGAAAAAAGCUGCGAACUGUGCCUUCUUGAAAAAAAAAAAAAAAAAAAUUCGCCUCCCUUUUUCAGCAGUUCUGCAAUCGUUUAGCGUAAAAGGGGCACUCUCUUUUGUAGGCCGAGCCCCACUUAAAAUUGAAUUUACUUUCCAAUGGUUGUCCCCCUUUGGAGGAUAUUUUUGCAUUUUCAAAGGUAGCCUUUUGGCUAGGUUAUUUUAUUCCUUUCUGCCAAUUUAGAAAGAAAAAAAAAAUUGCAUAGACGUUUUUCCCCCAAUGGAAGGCUUGAAACCCAUCCUGUGGUCUGUAGAAGAGCUGAUUUACCUCAGUCCGGAAAAUGAUGCAUUUUACGAAAAGGAAGAGACAGAAAUAAGGAGAAAACUGGCCGAUUUGUGUAGGAGCUAUGUGGUAGAAGCGCCGGCAAAAUCGGGGGGAGCAGACUGCCAUGCGGGAGAAGCGCCGGAAAGUUCGAGGGGAGCAGACUGCCAAGCGGAAGAAGAGUUAACAUCUCAAGUGAGGAACCUCUUCCACUUUUUAAAGUUGAUCAAAGCAGGGAAGCACGAGGAGUGCAUCGUUGACCCGUGGGUACGAGACAUAUUCCAGUUCAUUUUCGACACGCUUAAAAAUGACUCCACAAAUAGUAUUAACCAGGUGAAGAAGGAAUUAUUUUGUUACGUUUCUCGCGAGAAGGCAGAUAUAGAGGAGAGAUGGCGCCCCAAGGCGGAGGAACAAAGUGAAGGCCUGAAUGGCAAUCAAGUUAUUUUUUUUCAGGCCUGCUUUACAUUCUUUCACGAAAUAAAGAUCCUCCUCUGCUGCUACGCAUUUUUGAAUAUGUUCGUGCAGUACAACUGGACGGGGCCUCCACCCCCCACGAGGGACAGCGAAAAGGAGAAAGUGCAAACAUCACAGGGAUGCCAUGAAGACAAUCAUUUUUGCCAAUUCAUCCAAACGAUGAAAAUAAAAAAUGAAGAGUUUUUAAAUUCAUGUUUGGAAUUUUUAUCGCUGGAGGGGGAGACCACAUAUGCCCACUGUGAGUUGAUCAAUGCCUUCUGCUUAUCCGUAAUUUUGCUAAACCUAGUGAACAAUUUUAACCAAACUGACCAGCCGAUUAUGUGCUCAAAUGAGUACGGCUACUUCGAGGAGGGGGCACCAAACGGGGUGCAAGUAAACUCUCAAGAUGGUAAUUCUUCCAUGCCGCAGAUGGCGUGUGUGCCUGGGAAGGAGCAGCCAAUAGGGACGAACCAAAAAGAAGAGAAAACAAAACAGUACAAUGAGACGAAACUUUUACACUUUGUAAGAAGCAAAUAUUUGUGGAAAGCCAGAAUUUAUUUCAUAUGGCAGAGACUGUUCGCCGCUUCUAGCAACGACUGGUUUUACUCCUUGAAAAUCCACGUGGUGGACAUCCCACUUAGGAUAUUUAAAAACGUGAAACUGCUAAGCAGCGAUUUUGAACUCAUCGAUCAAGAAAUAAAAGUGAUUGGACAAGUGCCAGAAAUUUUUGCCCAUUUGAGGCAAAAUGAAAAGGACUUGCAAAAUUGCGACCUUUUUUGUGAAAAUUACAUGUCGCCGAAUUUCCAGAUUUGUGCUUUAUCUAACUUUUCCAUUUAUUUGGCCUUCUACAAUUAUACCUAUGCGUACCAGAGAGUGCUGGACGUCCUUGCGGAGAUGAGUCAGUUCAGCUACUCCUUCACCGGAAGAAUGGGAAUAAAGAGAAAGUACCAGAAGAUACCUGCUACCAUUUUAGUCUUGAAGGCGAAAAAGGGACAGGAGGAGGAUAACACGUCUGCUGUUUUGAACGAAAUAGAGCCUCUCAGUGAGUACGACAUAUUGAGGAGUGACUACCGAAUUAUUGAUGAUGUGAAGGGGGGAGAAGCGCCUGGUGGGUGUGGAGAUACCGAGCGGGGGGAUCCCCAUAAGGAGGAAAGUGAAAAGAGGGAAGACGACGCGGGUGAGGCGGUUCCAUCCAGUUUAGCCGCUUCGCAAAAGGUGACUAUGGAGGGGCACGAUGAAGAUAAAAAAGCGGAUGAAAUGAGCCCGAAGGUAGAAAAUUUCGCGGAAGAACAUAUAGAAAAAAUGACUUGCGCAAAAGGGGAAGCGCAAAAUGGGGAACAGAUUGACCAGAAGGGUGAGAAGUCGACGCAUCCCUAUGCCAAUCCCACUGGGGGGGGAAAAUCCCCCGAAAGGUGCACCUCCACGGGAGGAGACACCCCCACCAACAUGGACACAGAUGAAUGCUCACCAAACAGGGAAGAAGAAAAGAGUAAAACAAAUCCAAACGGAAAAGUAAUGUGGAAGUUAAAAGACCUCGACCCAGAUACAGACAUACUAGAAGAGCCAUACUUUAUGGAUUCUGAAAACAACUAUUUUAAAAUACUAACCUUUGAUGAACAGAUAGCGUUGAUCAACUUCUGCUACUCCAUGAUUAGAUUCAAUCCGCACUACGACGAAAUAAAAUUCGAGAAGUUAAGCGCAGUUAUAGCUAGGUGCCUCAAAUGCUAUGAUGUAAAUGUGGAGUCUGGGGAGAAGCAGCAACAUGGGACAAAAAAUAGAGACAACAAUUCGUUGCAGAUAAAAUAUCAAAAUUGGCUACUGCACUCGUGUAUUCUAUGGUAUAAGUGCAAAUGUGAAACGUUUCGGUUGAAGACCGUAGAUAGGGCUGCCGCGCAGCUGAAUGAAUUACUUAAAGAGACAUACGAUGAGAAACCACAGGGGGGAGAAAGGGUAAAAUUCCUUUUUGAUGUGUACUAUCCGACCACUUGGGAACUGAAAAAAGAAAUAGGAAACGUUAUGGUGAAAACGGGAUCCGUAGUAUCCGCGUUCAACCUUUUUAAGGAUUUAAAAUUAUGGGAUGAAGCCAUCACCUGUUUGAUUCAAGCAGAUAGAAAAGGAGAAGCAAAGGAGUUGCUAGAUGACCUUCUAAAAAAAAAAAGAACUCCCUCUUUGCUAUGCCUAUACGGAUUGGUCGACUCGAAUAAUGCCUUGAACUACUACAUAGAUGCUUGGAAGCUGUCAAAUUGUAAAUAUGCAAAAGCGGCUAGAUUUAUUGGGAAUUUUUACUACCGCAAGGAAAUGUACAAUCCGUGUUGUGAAUAUUUAGAAAAGGCCCUAGAAAUAUCUCCCCUCUUUCCGGACAUCUGGUUUAUCCUAGGAUGCUCCUACAUGAAAAUAGAAAAAGUCGAUGAGUCUGUAAAAGCAUUCACACGUAUGGUUAGCAUGACGAAUGAAGAUUCUGCAAAGGCGUAUGGAAAUUUGGCCUACCUGUAUAUGAAAAAAGGAACGUACAAAGCAGCGAAAAUUUGCAUAAAUCAAGCUGUCAAGGUGGACAAUAAUGAGUGGAAAUAUUGGGAUACUUAUCUGAAAUUGUCCAUUAUGCAAAAUGAUGUUGAUAGUUUCUGCUUGGCAUUGACCACCAUAUGUCAAAAGAAUCAAGUCAAACAGAUACAGCCUUGGAUUUAUGAAUACAUCUCAGAUCUUAUUGUAAAUGACAAGCCGACUCUAAUUCCGAACAAAAAUGGACUGAGUUAUCUGGACAAAGUUCUCACAACCAUGGGCACCAUAUCGGUUCACAUUUCUGAGUGUGACUCCUACUGGAACGCCUUUUCCUUUUUUCUCUUUGUAAAGGGCAGAUUCGUUGACUCGUACGAGGCAAAAGUUAAGGAGAUACGCUCCUUGGAGAGUGUAGCACAAAAGUGCACCACCAAAGAUGUAGUCGACAGGCUGAUUUCCAAACAAGUGGCCGCCGUCAAAUUCUUGUAUCAUGUUCUCAAGGCGCAUUACGUCGAGGAGAAGAGAGGAACCUUUGAAUAUCAGUUAAGGAACAUUAUCGAGUCCAUUUUGAGGCAGUACAAGGACAUGGGUCAGCAGGAGGUAACUGAAUUGUCGCAAAUUAUGCAGAUUAUAAAAUGA